GAUUCUGCGUAGCCGGCUGAAAGCUCAAUGUGAGCCUCACUUCUCAUCAUCAUUUCACUGAUGUCCUCUUGUUUUUGACAUUUUCUCUUCUGAAUUAAAUUUCUCAGCUGCCGAUGUCACAGCUGACAACCAGUGUCUGGAUGCUACCAAGGUGCACAAAGGGUAGAGGGAAUGGAAGAGAACUUUUAAGGCUGUUAUCAGUGCACCUUUCUUUUGAAUCUAGGCACUUUGGAUAGAUUUAUUUACUGUUGAGAGACUCUUCAACAAUGGAGGGAUUUUUGUUGUAGUGGAUGACUCAUUUAGGUUACCCCCCACCUCCAUCGAGACUGCUGGAUAUAGAUUUUUUUUUCUUUUGUUCCAUCUGCGCAUUUCACCUCUCAGAUACUCUGUAGAAUCUGUUGGGACUUUUAUGGAGUGUGAAAUAUUUGCAGUAAGUGUGAAGUUUGGAGGAGCAAAGUGAGACAAAGCAUGGCUGAUGGAACUGCAGCUGAGUAUUGAGCCCUUCAGUCCAGGGGAGGCAGCCCAGAGAUGACCACAGUGUCCAUGGAGCCUGUAGGAGUCCUCGUGGAAAGGAGUGCCAAUGCCACUGACCCCCCUCUGAACUCACACGAGGACUCAGCCGCCACCUUUACAAUUGGCACCAUUCUUUCCAUCAUGUGCCUUGUCGGAGUCUCGGGCAACAUCUACACCUUGGUGGUCAUGUGCCACUCCAUGAGGACUGCAGCUUCUAUGUACAUUUACAUCAUAAACCUAGCUUUGGCAGAUCUGCUGUAUCUACUCACCAUCCCCUUUGUGGUCUGCACACACUUCCUUAAGGGUUGGUACUUUGGGAACACAGGGUGUCGGAUUCUGUUCAGCAUGGACUUCCUGACCAUGCAUGCCAGUAUCUUCACACUGACAAUCAUGAGCACAGAGCGCUACUUCGCAGUGCUGAAGCCUCUCGACACAGUCAAGCGGUCUAAAAGUUACCGGAAGGCCAUCGCUCUGCUGGUCUGGGCUGCUUCUCUCAUCCUGGCCCUACCAAUGAUUGUGAGCAUUCAGCUAAUGACAGUGGGCAACAAAGCCAUGUGUCAGCCCAGCUUGUCCCCGCUCUCCUACAAGAUAUACAUCUCCUUCCUGUUUUGCACUAGCAUUGUCGCUCCAGGACUGAUCAUUGGCUAUCUCUACACCCAGCUUGCGCGCGCUUAUUGGGUUUCACAGACAGAGACCUUCAAACAGACCAAAAAACUUCCCAAUCAAAAGGUGCUGUACCUGAUCUUCACCAUCGUGCUCCUCUUCUGGGCAUGCUUCCUGCCAUUCUGGAUCUGGCAGCUGCUGAGUCAGUUCCACCCCUCGCUGUCCCUCUCCAUCAAAGCCAAACGCAACAUCAACUACCUGACCACGUGUCUGACGUACUCCAACAGCUGCAUCAACCCUUUCCUCUACACGCUGCUCACCAAGAACUACAAGGAGUACCUGAGGAAGCACAAGCGCUCCUGGACAGCUGGCAGCUACUUCAGCAGAAGGAGUCGUUUCCAGCGUUCACCUCGCCGGUCGCCAUCUUCCAGCAGUCAGCAGUGUACUGAGAGCUUCAUGCUCACACACACAGCCUCCCUGCAAGCUCAUAACAGCAGUUUGUGAGGUCAUGAUAUGAGAGUGGUGCUGGCUGAGGAAGAGGAAGCAAGGAAAGGCAAAACCUGUUGGAGAUGACACAAACAGUAGAAGACCCUGAACGCCUCAACACCACAACUGUGAAAGAGGACGAAGGAGAUAAAAGUUUCUAUUGCAUUUGCAGUUCAAUGUGUGUUGACACUACAGCACUAUAUGAGCACCAGUGAGAACUGAAUGAGAAGAUGGCUGCUGCUGUUUGACACAGUGUACAAAAUAGACACCCUCACGUCUGUAUUUAUUUGUCACUCCCAGGACUUCCUGUGGCAUGAGGAGAAAGAUCAGCGUCUUACAUAACAAAACAGACUUUUCAACACUUAUGCUUUCUCGUAUGUUUACCCUCUGUCCUUCUCGUGCUGAACUGUGUUGGCCUGCAAUUGAAAGUGUCUCUGAAACUGUUAUUUCUUGGAGAUUGAGAGGAGAUGUGUACACAGUGGCAACAGGGGAGUGAUGCUGUUGACGCACAAGAGAGGUAAGCACAACAUUAUUGAGGCAUCAGUGGUUUGAUUUAAAAAAAAAAGAAAAAAAGAAAAUAGCAUAGGAAUGUUAAUGUCAGUCAAGCUGAAGAGAAAA